AUGGGGGGGGCUUACAUGGAUACAGCACAACACCACUCCUCUUCUCUCGGACUUGGCCGGAAACAAAAACAACAACAAACACACGGGAAGCAGCAGCAGAAGCAGCAGCAGCAGAACCAGCAGAACCAGCAGCAGCAACAGCAACAGCAGCAGCAGCAGCAGCAGCAGCAGCAGCAAAAAUCCACAACCAUCGACCUCUCAGCGUCGCGGCACAGCAACAGCAACAGCAGCAGCAGCAGCAGCAGCAGCAGCAGCAGCAAAAAUCCACAACCAUCGACCUCUCAGCGUCGCGGCAGCGGCGCUGGCAGUGUAGGCCCAGAGCUUAGCCGAUCCCAGGGCCCCGAGGGGGGCCCCCGGGGGGGCCCCCGGGGCCCCCAGCGCCCCGUCUCUGUGGGGGAUGCUGCUGCUGCUGCUGCUGCUGCUGUCUCCUUUCCACCCGCCUUCGUCCGCUCCGUGCAGACUCUGCCUGUCUCCGUCUUCAUCGCUGAGCCCAUACGAUACACCCGCGCCGUGGGUAGCCUUGAGGCGCUGGUGGUGGUUGGUGGCCCCGAGACAGAGAACAGCGCCGGGGUGUCAACGCGGCUGGAGAGACAGCACCUGCAACAGCAGCAGCAGCAGCAACAGCAGCAGCAGCGGGGACAGCAGCAGACUCCACAGCGCGUGAACAAAGGGAGCUGCGGAAGACCCCCAGACUUCUCGUGGCCCUGGACCGCAACCUUGAGCACCUUGUGGGGGAGAGCAGCAACUGCAGCGAAGCACCUCAGUGGAUACCUAGCAGCAGCAGCAGCAGCAGCAGGGACAGCAGCAGACUCCACAGCACGUGAACAAAGGGAACUGCGGAAGACCCCCAGACUUCUCGUGGCCCUAGACCGCAACCUUGAGCACCUUGUGGGGGAGAGCAGCAACUGCAGCGAAGCACCUCAGUGGAUACCUAGCGUGCCAGCCAGCAGCAGCAGCAGCAGCAGCAGCAGCAGCAACAGCAGCAGCAGCAGCAGCGAGACGGAUGCUGCGAACGACGCGUUGCAGCUGGUGGUGGUUGGAGGCCCCGAGACAGAGAACAGCGCCGGGGUGUCAACGCGGCUGGAGGUGAGGAACCUGCACGGUGUAUACAAGGGGGCUGGCGCGGUGUAUGCAUGCAGCAGCAAGCCGCUGCAGUGCGGUGCUUCUUCUGCCUCCUGUAGCGUCUGUUUCACGUUGCGUACAGCAGCAGCAGGCGGGAGCAAGACAAGCAGCAGCAGCAGCACUAGCAGCAGCAGCAGCAGCAGCAGCAGCAGCAGCAUCAGCGACACCAGCAGCCUUGAUGAGGGAAACCCAGUAACGAGGAUUUUCUUUGGGGCUGUCGACAGCAGGCUCUGGGGGCAGCUGCUCAUGGGCUGCUGGGACGGGGCCACGGACGCAGCGCUGCUGCAGCUGAGCUCGCGGGAGCUGCUGUGUGGCUUUCAGCCACCGCUACCGGGUUGCCACUGUGGCCCCCCCCAGGGGGCCCCCCAGGGGGGCCCCCCGGGGGCCCCGCAGGUUUCCCCCCAGGGGGGGGGCCCCCAGGGGGCCCCCCAGGUUUCCCCCCAGGGGGGGGCCCCACAGGGGGGGGGCCCCCAGGUGGUCCCUCAUGGACAUCGUUGCGGGAAGAGGAGGGGGUUGGCGUCGCUGCUGGGGGCGCAGCGGUGGGAGAAGAAGAAGAUGCGGUCUGCGUUUGAGAGUAUGGUGGGGUGUACGGGUUUGCGUGUGGUGCUGCGUGCUGUGGGUCGACAUUUGUUGUGGUUUAGUGGGGAGCAGCUGCUGGCUGCACAGAUACUGCCACCGAGCUGUGCUGCAGUGGUACCCGUGCUGCUGCUGAGGAGACAGCCAACGGGCUGUGUCUCCUCUGCUGUCUCCUCUCUAUGGAGACGCCUCCUCCUCUCCGCAACCCUGGGGCCCCCAGAAACAAACUGCCCCGUUGUUGUACCCUUUCAUGAGGUAUUCUACUCGCUUGACCCAGCACCAGCAGACAACCCAGCCUGUUUGGUGGGGGCCCCUGCUGCCUCUCCUGCAACCCUGGGGCCCCCAGAAACAAACUGCCCCGUUGUUGUACCCUUUCAUGAGGUCUUCUACUCGCUUGACCCAGCACCAGCAGACAACCCAGCCUGUUUGGUGGGGGCCCCUGCUGCCUCUCCCCGCAAGACGGAGGGACUAGCAGCUGCUGCUGCAGCUGCUGCUGCUGCUGCAGCUGCUGCGGAAGCUGCUGCAGCAGCAGCAGCAGGGGAGUCACGGGGCCUAGCUGCUGCUGCAGCUGCUGCUGCUGCUGCUGCAGCUGCUGCGGAAGCUGCUGCAGCAGCAGCAGCAGGGGAGUCACGGGGCCUUGGAGAGCGGGAGAAAGAUGACGCAGCGACGAGUCGACACAAGGCUGCUUCUGCUUGCGGAGGUGCUUCUGCUGCAGCAGCAGAAGGGUCCAAGGCGUCUCACCUGUGGCAGGUAUUUUCUCUCUCCCCCAAGAUACGAGGGGGCCUCAGCCUGCGGCUGCCUCUGGGGGCCCCCGCCGCCUACCCCUCUGCUGUAUGGCGUUGGGUGCAGCGGCCGGAGCCCAGCCGGGAGCCCACAGAAGAGGCCCUGAACGAUUGCCCCGCAGAGGAGGCGGAAGCAGCAAGAGCAGCUGCGACGAGUCGACACAAGGCUGCUUCUGCUUGCGGAGGCGCUUCUGCUGCAGCAGCAGCAGCAGCUGCUGCUGCUGCUGCUGCAGCUGCAGCAGCAGAAGGGUCCAAGGCGUCUCACCUGUGGCAGGUAUUUUCUCUCUCCCCCAAGAUACGGGGGGGCCUCAGCCUGCGGCUGCCUCUGGGGGCCCCCGCCGCCUACCCCUCUGCUGUAUGGCGGUGGGUGCAGCGGCCGGAGCCGAGCCGGGAGCCCACAGAAGAGGCCCUGAACGAUUGCCCCGCAGAGGAGGCGGAAGCAGCAAGAGCAGCAGCAACUGCAGCAACUGCAGCAGCAACCAGCACUGACCCAUGGACUGUGGUGGGGCCCGCAGCGGACCCCUCCCUGCCCAGUGUAACUCCAGCCUUCGGGGAGUUGCAGCAGCAGCAGCAGCAGCAGCAGCAGCAGCAUGGGGGGUUGGAGGCUCCUGUGUUGCAGCUGGGGGCCCCUUCUUCUGUUGUGGGGCCCCCCAUCGCCACCGCCCGCGGGAUGCGCUCUGUGCGUCAGCAGCAGGGGUACAGUGCGAGCAGCGACAUGCAAGAGGGGGGAAGGGGCGGGGUGAUUCCUCUUCUUGAUGUGGGGUCUGUACACCCGGCGUUGCCUUUCCGUGUGCAGUUUAGAGGGGGGCCCCCGUCUGCGCCUUCAGGUGUAUCUACAGCUGGGGGCCCCCAGAUGGUGGGUGUUGUAUGGGGUUUGUGUCGGUGGCUGUGGUUCUCUAGUGGUCGCUUACUAUGCCCCCAGGACCUUCCUUUGGGGGACCUGAUGCGUGUGCAUGCAAUGGGGGCCCAGCUGAACAUACGGGGGGCCCCCAAGGCAGCAGGAGAAGGGUGGAGAGAAACACAUAUUACUGUAUCUGUGCCUGGGUUUAACCCAAAUGAAGAUAUCAUAGAAAUAGAGUUUCAGCCAAGGUUCUAUCAGUGGGCCCCAUCGCGUGCUGCUCGACGCAUGCACCAGAAACAGCACCAAAAACACCAGCUGCAGCAGAUGCAUGCACAGCAACAACAACAGCAACCACAACAACAGGUGCAGCAACACCACGACCAGCAGCAGCAGCAGCAGCAGCAGCAGCAGGGGCUGCAGCAGCUACCCGCAUCUGCUGCAGCUAAAGAGAGAGAAACGGCCUCUCUCUCUUCUCAGCGAUACAGGACCACUGAGCUGGUGUCUGCAUGCAGCUCUAUGGGGGCCCCCAGCCGAGGUGUUGGGGCCCCCUCGCCUGGGGGUACCUCACCGGGGCCCCCCCCUGCUCGUCAGAUGGAUAUACACCACGGCACAGUGUACGCGCUGUUUCAGUCUGUAAGAGAUAGAAACUUGCAGUGGCUGUUGGCCUUUUUCAAAGAAUUCCCCAGCUGGCUUGAGGCUCAGGACGCAGCAGCAGCCCCCGGCAGCUGCACUUUUGCUUCACUGGAGCAGCAGAUGGCCUCUCUCAGCAACCACAGCAGCAGCAGCGGUGCUAGCAGCAGCAGCAGCAGCAGCAGCAGCAGGCAGCAGCAGCAGCAGCAGCAGCAACAGCAGCAGCAACAACGCACAGUGGCAAGAGGAACAGCUGCAGCAACACAUAACUUCUCUGUGCUGAUAGAGGAGGGGGGCUGCAGCCCCGAGGGUAUAGGCAGCAGCAGCGACCGCAGCACCCCACUGAUGAUAGCAGCAGAUAUAGGCCAGGAUAUGUUGAUGGCUAUGUUGGUGUGUAACUACGGUGUGUGGGUAGACAGAAGAGAUGCAGAGGGAAACUCGGCGCUGCACCGUGCUGCUCUUCGUGCUGCUGAGCCCUCUCUCACCAGCAGCAGACUGCAUGCUGCUGCUCCUGUAUCCAGAAGAGGCUGCUACAACACCAUCAAGCUUCUUCUCUCCUUGGGGGCAGAUGCAUCACUCAAAAACGAUGCAGGGUGUACACCCCUAGACCUCAUCAGCACCCGGGGGGGUGGUGCUGGUGGGGGCCCCCUUGAGCGUGUAGAGGCCGUGGCGGCGCUGCUGCAGCAUGCAGCAGUAACAGGACAGAUGCAGCGAGCUAGUCUUGUUGCUUCUACUCUAUACAGCAACAGCAACAGCUGGAAAGCAGCCCCAAAACCCGCCAGAGCAACAGGCGUCAAUGCAUGCGCACCCUGGAUGUGGGGGUCCCUUCUAGCUAACUGUACAGUGGUUGGACAGAUGCAGCGAGCUAGUCUUGUUGCUUCUACUCUAUACAGCAACAGCAACAGCUGGAAAGCAGCCCCGAAACCCGCCAGAGCAACAGGAGUGAAUGCAUGCGCACCCUGGAUGUGGGGGUCCCUUCUAGCUAACUGUACAGUGGUUGUAGGGGGCAAAGGGGAAUCAACUUUGGGGCUGCAUGCGGUGUAUAUUGAUGGAGAACGCCGCGACGCACAAAGCACAGAAGGAGACAAGGGGCAGGCCUCUGCCGGGGGGGCCCCCGACCCUGCAACAGGGGGGGUACAGGGGGGGGCCCCUCUCCAGACAGGGGGCCCCCUCUGCGGGCCCCCUCGCGGCGCAACAGGGGGGGUACAGGGGGGGGCCCCUCUCCAGACAGGGGGCCCCCUCUGCGGGCCCCCUCGCGGCGAGGAAGGGCCCCAGGGACAGACUGGGGGGCGGAGACACUCUGCGUUGAAGGGGGCCCUGCCGGCGGCAAGCAGCAGCACAGGAGGAGACAGAGUGCAGGAGCUCACUGAGGGGGGGAUAGCUGCAAGGGCGGGGAGGUCUUCUGCUACUAGCCUCGUCAGCAGCAACGCAGCAGCAGCUAGCUCUACACAGCGCGGGUUGGGGCCCUCAUCGGGGGCAGCAGCAGACUGCUAUGGAGCCUGCUUACCAUCCCCCUCAAACAGCAGCAGCAGCAGCAGCAGCAGCAGCAGCAGCAGUAGCAAUGUAAGGGAGUUUCGGUCUCUGCUGCGGCCUGCUGAUGGGCGUUUGCCUCUGUCUGGCGCUGACCCGCGGACUCUGCUGCAGCAGCUGCUGGUGUGGGGCCUGGAGCUGAGUGGUGGGGUGUCUGCGUCUCCCCGCUCAGAGGGUCACUCAUCUCCCUCGCUGCGCACCCCUCUUGCUGCUCUUUCUCCUUCUCUGCUCAGCACCCUGGCUCUGUCUGAAGGCUUCGAGGAUGUACAGGCAGUCUUCGUUGCUAUCAUCAGAAGGCUGCUGCUGCUGGAGGAACAGGUUGCUGCAGAACGCAUGCAACAGCCACCGCAGCCCCAGCCUGCAGCACCGCCACAGCAGGGGCCCCCCCGGGCUACCCCUGUGGGGCCCCGUAGGUCGGAAGUCUUCAGGCACCGGAGUGGGCGGGAGGAGCCAGCUCCAGUGCCUUCUGCUGCUGCUGCUGCUGCUGCUGCUGCUGCACCUCUUGCAGCUGCCAGUGGGUGUGGGGUAAGCCAAGAGAUGCGGCAGCAGCUGCAGGAGGGGGCCCCCUCUGGCUCUGGCGGUGGGUGGGGCCUGCUGGUGGUGCGGUCCCUGGUCAACCGCGAGGCGUUCGUGCUGCAGACAGUGUCGAGCCGGUGGCCCCUGAAGCUCGACAUCUGGCUGCGGCAGCUGGUGGACCUCAUCGAUGGGCCUGAGGAGGGGCGCACUGUGCCUCAGCCGGAUAAACAUCUCCGCGUUGCAGCACUCAUAUGGCAAGCAGACAGAGACAGAGACGCUCUCCUCCUCACCCUAAACAGUAGUAAUACGAAUGCUGCUUCUCCUCUUGGCGGCAAAACAAAUGCUCUAGAAGAGCUCGAGAGAGCAGCAGCACUCAAAGAAGAAGUCCUUGCGCUUGUGGGUCCCCCUCUUGCUCCUGUGUGCUUGUGGGUGGUUUCUCUGUAUGUGUGCAGAUGUAUACGUGUGUGUGCAUGCAUAUAUGUACUGCAUGCAUGCAUGCAUGUUUGUGGUUGCUGA